AUGGCAAACAAGUUUGGAUUAGGGUCUUUACCUCUAGAAUCUAAAAAUCCCAUGAGUUCUACGGCGUUUAUAAACAAAGCGAAACCUUUUUUCGUGGAUCAAAUCGGAGACACCUUACAAGGGGAUAUCGAUAUGAACAAUUUCAAAAUAACUAAUUUAAAGUUUCCAGGAAACGAUAACGAUGCCGUGAACAAGAAAUAUUUACUGGAUCAAAUAAACGCAAUUCAAAUAGAUAAGGACCAUGUUGAAAAUAGAAUAAAUGACGUGAAAAGAUUCAUCGGACGAAAUAUUAAAAAUCUUGUGGACGAACCCAAACUACAACAAAAGUUAACGAGUUUGAAACGUCUUAUUCAAGUGGAUAAAACAAGUCAGUUGAUAUCUAAAUUAGACGAUAAGAUUACGAAGGUAAAAAUAGACGUCCAACGUUUAAUAGACAACCCAAAUGUAAACGAGGAUAGAUUGAAACGAAAACUAACCGCUUUGGAAAGAAAACUUGGUGAAUUGCUAGCAGAACUAGACAAGACGGCGGACAAAACCGAGUUACAAAAUUCGAUAUCCAAUUUGAACGAAAAGAUCGCGAAGCAAAAAUCAGAUGUUCAAGAUAUAAUUAACACACUUCCCAUUGACAAAGAUAUGUUGAAACAACAAUUGACUGCUUUGGAUACUAAAAUCACGGACGAAUUAGAAAAAGAAGUGGGUGUGAUUAAAAACUUUCUUCAAAAUAAAUUUCGAGAUGAUAUGAAAAAUUAUAUUAAAGAACAGGUCAAUCUUUUGGUAUCUAGAAUUCAUGACGAUUUUUUGAGACAAGAGAGAAAGUUGAGCAAAUUAGAAGCUAUUGUCACGGACAAAUCGUAUUAUUUCAAUCUUCCGUUCGAAAGUGACACUGUCUUCGAUAGAAAAGACCAAAUUUAUAAAUCAAACAAAUACGGAUUCAAAGCAGAAAUAAAAGUGGGUUCUCUCGAAUACGGUGAACCUUAA